AUGAGGUCGCACGCCAGCCGGGAGGGGGUGCUGCUGCAGGUGAGGAGGCAAGCCAGCCCAAGGUGCUGCGGCAGUGAGGUCGCACGCCAGCCGGGAGGGGGGGCUGCUGCAGCCGAAGGAGGGGCUGCGGCGGAUGACGGCGGCUGCAGCGGGCGGGCUGCGGCGGCGAAGGGAGACGGCAGCUGCAGCGGGCGGGCUGCGGCGGCGAAGGGAGACGGCAGCGGCAGCGAGGGGGAAGGGGGAGGAGGGCCGGAUGGCCCUUGGGAGGAGGACGCGAGGGGGGAAGGGGGAGGAGGGCCGGAUGGCCCUUGGGAGGAGGACGCGAGGGGGGAAGGGGGAGGAGGGCCGGAUGGCCCUUGGGAGGAGGACGCGAGGGGGGAAGGGGGAGGAGGGCCGGAUGGCCCUUGGGAGGAGGACGCGAGGGGGGAAGGGGGAGGAGGGCCGGAUGGCCCUUGGGAGGAGGACGCGAGGGGGGAAGGGGGAGGAGGGCCGGAUGGCCCUUGGGAGGAGGACGCGAGGGGGGAAGGGGGAGGAGGGCCGGAUGGCCCUUGGGAGGAGGACGCGAGGGGGGAAGGGGGAGGAGGGCCGGAUGGCCCUUGGGAGGAGGACGCGAGGGGGGAAGGGGGAGGAGGGCCGGAUGGCCCUUGGGAGGAGGACGCGAGGGGGGAAGGGGGAGGAGGGCCGGAUGGCCCUUGGGAGGAGGACGCGAGGGGGGAAGGGGGAGGAGGGCCGGAUGGCCCUUGGGAGGAGGACGCGAGGGGGGAAGGGGGAGGAGGGCCGGAUGGCCCUUGGGAGGAGGACGCGAGGGGGGAAGGGGGAGGAGGGCCGGAUGGCCCUUGGGAGGAGGACGCGAGGGGGGAAGGGGGAGGAGGGCCGGAUGGCCCUUGGGAGGAGGACGCGAGGGGGGAAGGGGGAGGAGGGCCGGAUGGCCCUUGGGAGGAGGACGCGAGGGGGGAAGGGGGAGGAGGGCCGGAUGGCCCUUGGGAGGAGGACGCGAGGGGGGAAGGGGGAGGAGGGCCGGAUGGCCCUUGGGAGGAGGACGCGAGGGGGGAAGGGGGAGGAGGGCCGGAUGGCCCUUGGGAGGAGGACGCGAGGGGGGAAGGGGGAGGAGGGCCGGAUGGCCCUUGGGAGGAGGACGCGAGGGGGGAAGGGGGAGGAGGGCCGGAUGGCCCUUGGGAGGAGGACGCGAGGGGGGAAGGGGGAGGAGGGCCGGAUGGCCCUUGGGAGGAGGACGCGAGGGGGGAAGGGGGAGGAGGGCCGGAUGGCCCUUGGGAGGAGGACGCGAGGGGGGAAGGGGGAGGAGGGCCGGAUGGCCCUUGGGAGGAGGACGCGAGGGGGGAAGGGGGAGGAGGGCCGGAUGGCCCUUGGGAGGAGGACGCGAGGGGGGAAGGGGGAGGAGGGCCGGAUGGCCCUUGGGAGGAGGACGCGAGGGGGGAAGGGGGAGGAGGGCCGGAUGGCCCUUGGGAGGAGGACGCGAGGGGGGAAGGGGGAGGAGGGCCGGAUGGCCCUUGGGAGGAGGACGCGAGGGGGGAAGGGGGAGGAGGGCCGGAUGGCCCUUGGGAGGAGGACGCGAGGGGGGAAGGGGGAGGAGGGCCGGAUGGCCCUUGGGAGGAGGACGCGAGGGGGGAAGGGGGAGGAGGGCCGGAUGGCCCUUGGGAGGAGGACGCGAGGGGGGAAGGGGGAGGAGGGCCGGAUGGCCCUUGGGAGGAGGACGCGAGGGGGGAAGGGGGAGGAGGGCCGGAUGGCCCUUGGGAGGAGGACGCGAGGGGGGAAGGGGGAGGAGGGCCGGAUGGCCCUUGGGAGGAGGACGCGAGGGGGGAAGGGGGAGGAGGGCCGGAUGGCCCUUGGGAGGAGGACGCGAGGGGGGAAGGGGGAGGAGGGCCGGAUGGCCCUUGGGAGGAGGACGCGAGGGGGGAAGGGGGAGGAGGGCCGGAUGGCCCUUGGGAGGAGGACGCGAGGGGGGAAGGGGGAGGAGGGCCGGAUGGCCCUUGGGAGGAGGACGCGAGGGGGGAAGGGGGAGGAGGGCCGGAUGGCCCUUGGGAGGAGGACGCGAGGGGGGAAGGGGGAGGAGGGCCGGAUGGCCCUUGGGAGGAGGACGCGAGGGGGGAAGGGGGAGGAGGGCCGGAUGGCCCUUGGGAGGAGGACGCGAGGGGGGAAGGGGGAGGAGGGCCGGAUGGCCCUUGGGAGGAGGACGCGAGGGGGGAAGGGGGAGGAGGGCCGGAUGGCCCUUGGGAGGAGGACGCGAGGGGGGAAGGGGGAGGAGGGCCGGAUGGCCCUUGGGAGGAGGACGCGAGGGGGGAAGGGGGAGGAGGGCCGGAUGGCCCUUGGGAGGAGGACGCGAGGGGGGAAGGGGGAGGAGGGCCGGAUGGCCCUUGGGAGGAGGACGCGAGGGGGGAAGGGGGAGGAGGGCCGGAUGGCCCUUGGGAGGAGGACGCGAGGGGGGAAGGGGGAGGAGGGCCGGAUGGCCCUUGGGAGGAGGACGCGAGGGGGGAAGGGGGAGGAGGGCCGGAUGGCCCUUGGGAGGAGGACGCGAGGGGGGAAGGGGGAGGAGGGCCGGAUGGCCCUUGGGAGGAGGACGCGAGGGGGGAAGGGGGAGGAGGGCCGGAUGGCCCUUGGGAGGAGGACGCGAGGGGGGAAGGGGGAGGAGGGCCGGAUGGCCCUUGGGAGGAGGACGCGAGGGGGGAAGGGGGAGGAGGGCCGGAUGGCCCUUGGGAGGAGGACGCGAGGGGGGAAGGGGGAGGAGGGCCGGAUGGCCCUUGGGAGGAGGACGCGAGGGGGGAAGGGGGAGGAGGGCCGGAUGGCCCUUGGGAGGAGGACGCGAGGGGGGAAGGGGGAGGAGGGCCGGAUGGCCCUUGGGAGGAGGACGCGAGGGGGGAAGGGGGAGGAGGGCCGGAUGGCCCUUGGGAGGAGGACGCGAGGGGGGAAGGGGGAGGAGGGCCGGAUGGCCCUUGGGAGGAGGACGCGAGGGGGGAAGGGGGAGGAGGGCCGGAUGGCCCUUGGGAGGAGGACGCGAGGGGGGAAGGGGGAGGAGGGCCGGAUGGCCCUUGGGAGGAGGACGCGAGGGGGGAAGGGGGAGGAGGGCCGGAUGGCCCUUGGGAGGAGGACGCGAGGGGGGAAGGGGGAGGAGGGCCGGAUGGCCCUUGGGAGGAGGACGCGAGGGGGGAAGGGGGAGGAGGGCCGGAUGGCCCUUGGGAGGAGGACGCGAGGGGGGAAGGGGGAGGAGGGCCGGAUGGCCCUUGGGAGGAGGACGCGAGGGGGGAAGGGGGAGGAGGGCCGGAUGGCCCUUGGGAGGAGGACGCGAGGGGGGAAGGGGGAGGAGGGCCGGAUGGCCCUUGGGAGGAGGACGCGAGGGGGGAAGGGGGAGGAGGGCCGGAUGGCCCUUGGGAGGAGGACGCGAGGGGGGAAGGGGGAGGAGGGCCGGAUGGCCCUUGGGAGGAGGACGCGAGGGGGGAAGGGGGAGGAGGGCCGGAUGGCCCUUGGGAGGAGGACGCGAGGGGGGAAGGGGGAGGAGGGCCGGAUGGCCCUUGGGAGGAGGACGCGAGGGGGGAAGGGGGAGGAGGGCCGGAUGGCCCUUGGGAGGAGGACGCGAGGGGGGAAGGGGGAGGAGGGCCGGAUGGCCCUUGGGAGGAGGACGCGAGGGGGGAAGGGGGAGGAGGGCCGGAUGGCCCUUGGGAGGAGGACGCGAGGGGGGAAGGGGGAGGAGGGCCGGAUGGCCCUUGGGAGGAGGACGCGAGGGGGGAAGGGGGAGGAGGGCCGGAUGGCCCUUGGGAGGAGGACGCGAGGGGGGAAGGGGGAGGAGGGCCGGAUGGCCCUUGGGAGGAGGACGCGAGGGGGGAAGGGGGAGGAGGGCCGGAUGGCCCUUGGGAGGAGGACGCGAGGGGGGAAGGGGGAGGAGGGCCGGAUGGCCCUUGGGAGGAGGACGCGAGGGGGGAAGGGGGAGGAGGGCCGGAUGGCCCUUGGGAGGAGGACGCGAGGGGGGAAGGGGGAGGAGGGCCGGAUGGCCCUUGGGAGGAGGACGCGAGGGGGGAAGGGGGAGGAGGGCCGGAUGGCCCUUGGGAGGAGGACGCGAGGGGGGAAGGGGGAGGAGGGCCGGAUGGCCCUUGGGAGGAGGACGCGAGGGGGGAAGGGGGAGGAGGGCCGGAUGGCCCUUGGGAGGAGGACGCGAGGGGGGAAGGGGGAGGAGGGCCGGAUGGCCCUUGGGAGGAGGACGCGAGGGGGGAAGGGGGAGGAGGGCCGGAUGGCCCUUGGGAGGAGGACGCGAGGGGGGAAGGGGGAGGAGGGCCGGAUGGCCCUUGGGAGGAGGACGCGAGGGGGGAAGGGGGAGGAGGGCCGGAUGGCCCUUGGGAGGAGGACGCGAGGGGGGAAGGGGGAGGAGGGCCGGAUGGCCCUUGGGAGGAGGACGCGAGGGGGGAAGGGGGAGGAGGGCCGGAUGGCCCUUGGGAGGAGGACGCGAGGGGGGAAGGGGGAGGAGGGCCGGAUGGCCCUUGGGAGGAGGACGCGAGGGGGGAAGGGGGAGGAGGGCCGGAUGGCCCUUGGGAGGAGGACGCGAGGGGGGAAGGGGGAGGAGGGCCGGAUGGCCCUUGGGAGGAGGACGCGAGGGGGGAAGGGGGAGGAGGGCCGGAUGGCCCUUGGGAGGAGGACGCGAGGGGGGAAGGGGGAGGAGGGCCGGAUGGCCCUUGGGAGGAGGACGCGAGGGGGGAAGGGGGAGGAGGGCCGGAUGGCCCUUGGGAGGAGGACGCGAGGGGGGAAGGGGGAGGAGGGCCGGAUGGCCCUUGGGAGGAGGACGCGAGGGGGGAAGGGGGAGGAGGGCCGGAUGGCCCUUGGGAGGAGGACGCGAGGGGGGAAGGGGGAGGAGGGCCGGAUGGCCCUUGGGAGGAGGACGCGAGGGGGGAAGGGGGAGGAGGGCCGGAUGGCCCUUGGGAGGAGGACGCGAGGGGGGAAGGGGGAGGAGGGCCGGAUGGCCCUUGGGAGGAGGACGCGAGGGGGGAAGGGGGAGGAGGGCCGGAUGGCCCUUGGGAGGAGGACGCGAGGGGGGAAGGGGGAGGAGGGCCGGAUGGCCCUUGGGAGGAGGACGCGAGGGGGGAAGGGGGAGGAGGGCCGGAUGGCCCUUGGGAGGAGGACGCGAGGGGGGAAGGGGGAGGAGGGCCGGAUGGCCCUUGGGAGGAGGACGCGAGGGGGAAGGGGGAGGAGGGCCGGAUGGCCCUUGGGAGGAGGACGCGAGGGGGGAAGGGGGAGGAGGGCCGGAUGGCCCUUGGGAGGAGGACGCGAGGGGGGAAGGGGGAGGAGGGCCGGAUGGCCCUUGGGAGGAGGACGCGAGGGGGGAAGGGGGAGGAGGGCCGGAUGGCCCUUGGGAGGAGGACGCGAGGGGGGAAGGGGGAGGAGGGCCGGAUGGCCCUUGGGAGGAGGACGCGAGGGGGGAAGGGGAGGAGGGCCGGAUGGCCCUUGGGAGGAGGACGCGAGGGGGGAAGGGGGAGGAGGGCCGGAUGGCCCUUGGGAGGAGGACGCGAGGGGGGAAGGGGGAGGAGGGCCGGAUGGCCCUUGGGAGGAGGACGCGAGGGGGGAAGGGGGAGGAGGGCCGGAUGGCCCUUGGGAGGAGGACGCGAGGGGGGAAGGGGGAGGAGGGCCGGAUGGCCCUUGGGAGGAGGACGCGAGGGGGGAAGGGGGAGGAGGGCCGGAUGGCCCUUGGGAGGAGGACGCGAGGGGGGAAGGGGGAGGAGGGCCGGAUGGCCCUUGGGAGGAGGACGCGAGGGGGGAAGGGGGAGGAGGGCCGGAUGGCCCUUGGGAGGAGGACGCGAGGGGGGAAGGGGGAGGAGGGCCGGAUGGCCCUUGGGAGGAGGACGCGAGGGGGGAAGGGGGAGGAGGGCCGGAUGGCCCUUGGGAGGAGGACGCGAGGGGGGAAGGGGGAGGAGGGCCGGAUGGCCCUUGGGAGGAGGACGCGAGGGGGGAAGGGGGAGGAGGGCCGGAUGGCCCUUGGGAGGAGGACGCGAGGGGGGAAGGGGGAGGAGGGCCGGAUGGCCCUUGGGAGGAGGACGCGAGGGGGGAAGGGGGAGGAGGGCCGGAUGGCCCUUGGGAGGAGGACGCGAGGGGGGAAGGGGGAGGAGGGCCGGAUGGCCCUUGGGAGGAGGACGCGAGGGGGGAAGGGGGAGGAGGGCCGGAUGGCCCUUGGGAGGAGGACGCGAGGGGGGAAGGGGGAGGAGGGCCGGAUGGCCCUUGGGAGGAGGACGCGAGGGGGGAAGGGGGAGGAGGGCCGGAUGGCCCUUGGGAGGAGGACGCGAGGGGGGAAGGGGGAGGAGGGCCGGAUGGCCCUUGGGAGGAGGACGCGAGGGGGGAAGGGGGAGGAGGGCCGGAUGGCCCUUGGGAGGAGGACGCGAGGGGGGAAGGGGGAGGAGGGCCGGAUGGCCCUUGGGAGGAGGACGCGAGGGGGGAAGGGGGAGGAGGGCCGGAUGGCCCUUGGGAGGAGGACGCGAGGGGGGAAGGGGGAGGAGGGCCGGAUGGCCCUUGGGAGGAGGACGCGAGGGGGGAAGGGGGAGGAGGGCCGGAUGGCCCUUGGGAGGAGGACGCGAGGGGGGAAGGGGGAGGAGGGCCGGAUGGCCCUUGGGAGGAGGACGCGAGGGGGGAAGGGGGAGGAGGGCCGGAUGGCCCUUGGGAGGAGGACGCGAGGGGGAAGGGGGAGGAGGGCCGGAUGGCCCUUGGGAGGAGGACGCGAGGGGGGAAGGGGGAGGAGGGCCGGAUGGCCCUUGGGAGGAGGACGCGAGGGGGGAAGGGGGAGGAGGGCCGGAUGGCCCUUGGGAGGAGGACGCGAGGGGGGAAGGGGGAGGAGGGCCGGAUGGCCCUUGGGAGGAGGACGCGAGGGGGGAAGGGGGAGGAGGGCCGGAUGGCCCUUGGGAGGAGGACGCGAGGGGGGAAGGGGGAGGAGGGCCGGAUGGCCCUUGGGAGGAGGACGCGAGGGGGGAAGGGGGAGGAGGGCCGGAUGGCCCUUGGGAGGAGGACGCGAGGGGGGAAGGGGGAGGAGGGCCGGAUGGCCCUUGGGAGGAGGACGCGAGGGGGGAAGGGGGAGGAGGGCCGGAUGGCCCUUGGGAGGAGGACGCGAGGGGGGAAGGGGGAGGAGGGCCGGAUGGCCCUUGGGAGGAGGACGCGAGGGGGGAAGGGGGAGGAGGGCCGGAUGGCCCUUGGGAGGAGGACGCGAGGGGGGAAGGGGGAGGAGGGCCGGAUGGCCCUUGGGAGGAGGACGCGAGGGGGGAAGGGGGAGGAGGGCCGGAUGGCCCUUGGGAGGAGGACGCGAGGGGGGAAGGGGGAGGAGGGCCGGAUGGCCCUUGGGAGGAGGACGCGAGGGGGGAAGGGGGAGGAGGGCCGGAUGGCCCUUGGGAGGAGGACGCGAGGGGGGAAGGGGGAGGAGGGCCGGAUGGCCCUUGGGAGGAGGACGCGAGGGGGGAAGGGGGAGGAGGGCCGGAUGGCCCUUGGGAGGAGGACGCGAGGGGGGAAGGGGGAGGAGGGCCGGAUGGCCCUUGGGAGGAGGACGCGAGGGGGGAAGGGGGAGGAGGGCCGGAUGGCCCUUGGGAGGAGGACGCGAGGGGGGAAGGGGGAGGAGGGCCGGAUGGCCCUUGGGAGGAGGACGCGAGGGGGGAAGGGGGAGGAGGGCCGGAUGGCCCUUGGGAGGAGGACGCGAGGGGGGAAGGGGGAGGAGGGCCGGAUGGCCCUUGGGAGGAGGACGCGAGGGGGGAAGGGGGAGGAGGGCCGGAUGGCCCUUGGGAGGAGGACGCGAGGGGGGAAGGGGGAGGAGGGCCGGAUGGCCCUUGGGAGGAGGACGCGAGGGGGGAAGGGGGAGGAGGGCCGGAUGGCCCUUGGGAGGAGGACGCGAGGGGGGAAGGGGGAGGAGGGCCGGAUGGCCCUUGGGAGGAGGACGCGAGGGGGGAAGGGGGAGGAGGGCCGGAUGGCCCUUGGGAGGAGGACGCGAGGGGGGAAGGGGGAGGAGGGCCGGAUGGCCCUUGGGAGGAGGACGCGAGGGGGGAAGGGGGAGGAGGGCCGGAUGGCCCUUGGGAGGAGGACGCGAGGGGGGAAGGGGGAGGAGGGCCGGAUGGCCCUUGGGAGGAGGACGCGAGGGGGGAAGGGGGAGGAGGGCCGGAUGGCCCUUGGGAGGAGGACGCGAGGGGGGAAGGGGGAGGAGGGCCGGAUGGCCCUUGGGAGGAGGACGCGAGGGGGGAAGGGGGAGGAGGGCCGGAUGGCCCUUGGGAGGAGGACGCGAGGGGGGAAGGGGGAGGAGGGCCGGAUGGCCCUUGGGAGGAGGACGCGAGGGGGGAAGGGGGAGGAGGGCCGGAUGGCCCUUGGGAGGAGGACGCGAGGGGGGAAGGGGGAGGAGGGCCGGAUGGCCCUUGGGAGGAGGACGCGAGGGGGGAAGGGGGAGGAGGGCCGGAUGGCCCUUGGGAGGAGGACGCGAGGGGGGAAGGGGGAGGAGGGCCGGAUGGCCCUUGGGAGGAGGACGCGAGGGGGGAAGGGGGAGGAGGGCCGGAUGGCCCUUGGGAGGAGGACGCGAGGGGGGAAGGGGGAGGAGGGCCGGAUGGCCCUUGGGAGGAGGACGCGAGGGGGGAAGGGGGAGGAGGGCCGGAUGGCCCUUGGGAGGAGGACGCGAGGGGGGAAGGGGGAGGAGGGCCGGAUGGCCCUUGGGAGGAGGACGCGAGGGGGGAAGGGGGAGGAGGGCCGGAUGGCCCUUGGGAGGAGGACGCGAGGGGGGAAGGGGGAGGAGGGCCGGAUGGCCCUUGGGAGGAGGACGCGAGGGGGGAAGGGGGAGGAGGGCCGGAUGGCCCUUGGGAGGAGGACGCGAGGGGGGAAGGGGGAGGAGGGCCGGAUGGCCCUUGGGAGGAGGACGCGAGGGGGAAGGGGGAGGAGGGCCGGAUGGCCCUUGGGAGGAGGACGCGAGGGGGGAAGGGGGAGGAGGGCCGGAUGGCCCUUGGGAGGAGGACGCGAGGGGGGAAGGGGGAGGAGGGCCGGAUGGCCCUUGGGAGGAGGACGCGAGGGGGGAAGGGGGAGGAGGGCCGGAUGGCCCUUGGGAGGAGGACGCGAGGGGGGAAGGGGGAGGAGGGCCGGAUGGCCCUUGGGAGGAGGACGCGAGGGGGGAAGGGGGAGGAGGGCCGGAUGGCCCUUGGGAGGAGGACGCGAGGGGGGAAGGGGGAGGAGGGCCGGAUGGCCCUUGGGAGGAGGACGCGAGGGGGGAAGGGGGAGGAGGGCCGGAUGGCCCUUGGGAGGAGGACGCGAGGGGGGAAGGGGGAGGAGGGCCGGAUGGCCCUUGGGAGGAGGACGCGAGGGGGGAAGGGGGAGGAGGGCCGGAUGGCCCUUGGGAGGAGGACGCGAGGGGGGAAGGGGGAGGAGGGCCGGAUGGCCCUUGGGAGGAGGACGCGAGGGGGGAAGGGGGAGGAGGGCCGGAUGGCCCUUGGGAGGAGGACGCGAGGGGGGAAGGGGGAGGAGGGCCGGAUGGCCCUUGGGAGGAGGACGCGAGGGGGGAAGGGGGAGGAGGGCCGGAUGGCCCUUGGGAGGAGGACGCGAGGGGGGAAGGGGGAGGAGGGCCGGAUGGCCCUUGGGAGGAGGACGCGAGGGGGGAAGGGGGAGGAGGGCCGGAUGGCCCUUGGGAGGAGGACGCGAGGGGGGAAGGGGGAGGAGGGCCGGAUGGCCCUUGGGAGGAGGACGCGAGGGGGGAAGGGGGAGGAGGGCCGGAUGGCCCUUGGGAGGAGGACGCGAGGGGGGAAGGGGGAGGAGGGCCGGAUGGCCCUUGGGAGGAGGACGCGAGGGGGGAAGGGGGAGGAGGGCCGGAUGGCCCUUGGGAGGAGGACGCGAGGGGGGAAGGGGGAGGAGGGCCGGAUGGCCCUUGGGAGGAGGACGCGAGGGGGGAAGGGGGAGGAGGGCCGGAUGGCCCUUGGGAGGAGGACGCGAGGGGGGAAGGGGGAGGAGGGCCGGAUGGCCCUUGGGAGGAGGACGCGAGGGGGGAAGGGGGAGGAGGGCCGGAUGGCCCUUGGGAGGAGGACGCGAGGGGGGAAGGGGGAGGAGGGCCGGAUGGCCCUUGGGAGGAGGACGCGAGGGGGGAAGGGGGAGGAGGGCCGGAUGGCCCUUGGGAGGAGGACGCGAGGGGGGAAGGGGGAGGAGGGCCGGAUGGCCCUUGGGAGGAGGACGCGAGGGGGGAAGGGGGAGGAGGGCCGGAUGGCCCUUGGGAGGAGGACGCGAGGGGGGAAGGGGGAGGAGGGCCGGAUGGCCCUUGGGAGGAGGACGCGAGGGGGGAAGGGGGAGGAGGGCCGGAUGGCCCUUGGGAGGAGGACGCGAGGGGGGAAGGGGGAGGAGGGCCGGAUGGCCCUUGGGAGGAGGACGCGAGGGGGGAAGGGGGAGGAGGGCCGGAUGGCCCUUGGGAGGAGGACGCGAGGGGGGAAGGGGGAGGAGGGCCGGAUGGCCCUUGGGAGGAGGACGCGAGGGGGGAAGGGGGAGGAGGGCCGGAUGGCCCUUGGGAGGAGGACGCGAGGGGGGAAGGGGGAGGAGGGCCGGAUGGCCCUUGGGAGGAGGACGCGAGGGGGGAAGGGUGAGGAGGGCCGGAUGGCCCUUGGGAGGAGGACGCGAGGGGGGAAGGUCGGCGUGUUCGUCGCGCAGUUUGGCGCGGAUGUCCCGCUGGUCGGCGCGUUUGUCACGCUGGUCGGCGCGUUCGUCGCGCUGGUCGGCGCGGACGUCCCGCUGGUCGGCGCGUUCGUCGUGCUGGUCGGCGCGGACGUCCCGCUGGUCGGCGUGGUCGUCGCGCUGGUCGGCGCGGACGUCCCGCUAGUCGGCGCGUUCGUCGCGCUGGUCGGCGCGGACGUCCCGCUGGUCGGCGCGUUCGUCGCGCUGGUCGGCGCGUUCGUCGCGCUGGUCGGCGCGGACGUCCCGCUGGUCGGCGCGUUUGUCGCGCUGGUCGGGGCGGACGUCUCGCUGGUCGGCGCGUUCGUCGCGGUGGUCGGCGCGUACAAGCGCCUCAAAUGCCACGGGUGA